UUCUAUUCAAGCAUUAACAAUGACCAACAAAAAUUUAAACUUGAAUUCACCUGUGCUGCCUAAUAAUGAACAAUUAGAAUUACCACCUUUAUAUACAUUUCCCUUAUUACAGAACCCAAGCAAUUUAAUUAAUCCAGUUGAGCAAAAUUCUAUAAUUUACUUAUUACUUUAUUAUAAUAGUUUUAUUCAAGCAUUAACAAUGACAAAUGAAAAUUUAAACUUAAAUCCAUCUGUGCUGCUUAUUAAUAAUGAGCAAUUAGGAUUACUAUCUUUAUAUUCGUUUUCCUUAUCACAAAAUAAUUUGAUUAAUCUGGCUAAACAAAACUCUAAUAGUGCUAUUAACAUACCCGAACCUUCUUUUUUAUCAAAUGCAAUACCAAUAUCUAGUAUCUUUGAUAGUGAUAUUAAUAUACCUGAAUUCUUUUCUUCAUCAAUUGCAAUGCCAGUAUUUGGUAUCUCUGAUAGUAUUAUUGCAAAUGCUGUAUCUGAUAUCUCUAAUAGUGUUAUUAAAAUGCUAGCACCUAGUAUGGAUUUUAGAUCAUGA